GGAAGACGUGGCUGUUGCUGCAGUGGCAGCUGUCAUCCAAUUCAGUCUUCGAUGAGCCCGUGUAUCAGCUGACAAAGUCCUUUCUCCCCUUUUUUUAAUACACACUCUGCGUUAACAUGAUUUCGCUAACGGACUCCCAAAAGAUCGGAAUGGGAUUAACAGGCUUCGGCGUGUUUUUCCUAUUUUUCGGGAUGAUCCUAUUCUUUGACAAAGCUCUCCUGGCUAUUGGAAAUAUCCUGUUUGUUGCUGGAUUGGCGUUUGUCAUUGGGCUGGAGAGGACCUUUCGCUUCUUCUUCCAAAAGCACAAGAUGAAAGCCACCAGUUUCUUCUUGGGAGGGGUGUUUGUGGUGCUGAUAGGUUGGCCCAUCGUUGGAGUUGUGCUGGAGAUCUACGGCUUCUUCCUCUUGUUCAGGGGUUUCUUCCCUGUUGUAAUAGGCUUCAUCCGAAGAAUUCCAGUCCUGGGCUCCAUCCUAAAUUUGCCCUUCAUCAGUGCACCUUCGUGAGGCUCUGAGGACAAUCAGCAGUCGUGUACGUGGACAAAGUUGGCGAGAGCAACACCAUGGUAUAACCCUGAGCGAAUGGAGGGCAGCAGGUUUUAUUAGAAGCAACAGAUUCCAUGUGCAGACCACUCCCACUCCUGCAGCCAAAGACUGUUCUCCUGCUGUUCCAAUAGACGCCAAUCGAAAGCCCGUCACAGUCUGUUACUGAAGGACAGAGUUACAUCUUGCCCACAAGCACCACAGACUCCGAUGGUUCUGCUGUAUGUGGGACGUGCGGCUCUCUGCAAGGAUGAGCAGUGGACGACGGCUUACCACAUGGUCAUAUUAUCGUGCCUGUGCUUUAACUUUAUUCUUACAAAAAGCUUUUAUGUGCCGCGUUUUGUCUCAUCGCAGUUCUCUUCUCUCUCUGUCAUCUACUGAAUACCAACUGUGGCUUUUGUAACGUUCCCCUUUGUUACUUGUCAUUUCUGUAUACGGUUGACUAAUAAGUACAUCAGUAAAUUAUUUUUUUGGAAAAAUGGAUCUUUGUGUUUAAGGUUACUGGCGUUGAUAUUUUCACGGACUUUACCAAACAUAUUCACAGGCGUGUCGUCGGCUGUAUCGCUAAAAUCGAUGUGUUAAUGCCUCAGUCAGUCAGCUCAGUCAGCUGUGCAGGGUUUGCUUUCUGGAACAGUGUUACAGAGCUGUUUCUUAACAGUUUACAGCUCUGCUUGCUUUGUUUUGAAGUGUGUGGAUGCUGCAGCUGUAGAAUGAAGCCCAGUGAGCGUGAUUUGUUCUGGACUCUAGUUGCGGGCAUCACAAACAAGGAACUUUCAUUUGGUCAGAUUUUUUUAUUGUGAAUUUGAUCAAACCUCGACUGGUUUUGCAAGUUAACCAUCAACUGAUGUAUACAAAACCUGUUGUGAAGUCAUUUUGUUUCUGUUGCUGAAAAAUGGUCUCCUUUUAGAAAAAAAAAAAAGAUUAACAUUCAUUAGACGGUGUUUUAAGUCAAAAACACAUAUGACCAGGUGCUUUUAUU